AUGCGAAUCCGCUUUCCUUUUGCAAUUGCCUUCGUCGUCCUCCUCGUCUUCUCUUCGUCCAUCGGUCUGCUGCCGUACUCCUCACUCCCCUCCACGCCUGCGGCCGCGCAACCAUAUAUCCCACGGCAGUCGGACAAGGCGCUUCAUAUUAUAUUCUUCUUCGCCUUAACCGCAACGUUCUACUUCAUCCUCGACACCAGUCGCAGACGGGUCAUUCACCUUACGCUGGUAGUAUGCACCCUGUGUCUGGGCGUGGGAAGCGAGGUCGCUCAACACCUGCUGCCCAAUGAUCGCGAAUUCGACCCCUGGGAUGUCCUUGCCAAUGUGGUAGGCAGUCUUGCGGCGUUGGGUCUAGCAAGCGCAUAUCAUCGACGCGCAGCCGAAAGACGUAGAAGAGCCAAGUUCUCAGCUCUUGCGGGCGACGGCGUCGAGGGCGAAGAUCUGGAGCUAGGUGAGGGUGUUCACCACGGACCUGGAUCCUCCACAGACGACCAUCAAGAAACCGGAGUCGUGAAUAGAACAAUGGAGGAAGAACUAGAUAACUGGGACGAGAAUGUUCCCGACGAUGCCUGGGACGAAGAAGACGACCUCGCGAUGAGCGGACAGAACACCAAAGUAACCCCAUCAACGACCUCGGCAGGGAGCGAAGAGCCCGCGAAGAAACUUGCUGUGGAUUGA